AUUAGACGGAUCUAACCCAUUUAACAGGGCUCAAGGCGUCCAACCCAACCUCAGUCUCAGUUAUCCAUUGAAGCGCACUCAACGUUCUCCAUUGAAGCGCAGUUGACGUUCUCCGUUGAAGCCCGUUGAAGCUAAUACUUGUAUCCCCCAUUGAAGCAGCUUCUGAGGUGAUCAUUGGCAUUCCUAUCUAAUUUGUGUUGCCUGAGCUAAUUGUUGUCCGUCGGAGUUUGCACAAUGUCUGCUGGACCUGGACUUGAGCCUCUUGUAGACCAAAUGAUCUCAGUUAUUACCAAUGACGGACGCAACAUAGUGGGAAUCUUAAAAGGUUUUGACCAGGCAACAAAUAUUAUUCUUGAUGAAUCACAUGAGAGGGUUUUUUCUACCAAGGAAGGAGUCCAACAAAUUGUAUUGGGUUUGUACAUCAUCAGGGGUGACAACAUAAGCAUUAUAGGUGAGCUGGAUGAAGACUUAGAUGCUCAUAUUGAGCUAUCGCAAGUGAGGGGCCAUCCUCUGAAGCCUGUCAUUCACUGAUCAGCAGAGUGCGUGUUUCUGUAGGCUGCAUGGAAAAUAUCGAUUUCACUGGACUUGUGAUAAAGAAUUUAAAAACCUGUUUCAGGAAUGGUAAUGAAUUGGUAUAACAUAUGAGAGCUCAAUGCAGAAAGAGGGGCAUUCUAGAAGACUGGACUUCGAUAUGAAUCAGGGGUUUUUUUUUUUGCAUUGUCAUUAAUUUUUUGUUCAGAACGAGUCCAAAUUCUCUGAGUAGAAGUGUGAUGAUUUAUCAUCUUUGUGCCCAAGUAGAUUUUUUCCCAUGUAAGACGGUAGGAGUUUGGAUUUGAUUACUGAACGCUAGCUGAUUCAGCAUGAAGUUGAGAGCUUUGUUCUUGUUUUCCAGCUCUUACGCUUUAGUUCACCUUUCUUUGUGCUAUUCCAGAUACAAUGAAUUAAAAACUGCCAAUAUUCAACAUCAGGCAUGUAGAAGCCCCUGUUUAAGUAUAGUCUAUUACAAAGUAUAUCUUUUUCUUCAAU